AUGCCGCAGAUCAUCUGGCUGCUGUCAGGGUCCAAUGUCCUGCAGCUCGAUGGGGGCACGCGCCAACGUAUCAAGAACCUUUCAACGCGUGUGAGCGAUUAUCCAACAGGCAGAGACCCUGAUGCACGAAAUCAAGGUGUCACUCGGCGUAUUAUGGGUUCCUUUGACACCUCGGCUUGCCUUCUCAAUACGGUUAGAAUUGCAGGUUUGGCAUUGGGCUCAGCAUCCCUCUGCGCCAGCAAACUCAGUCCACAGCUGGAUUCCCAACAAGAAAGAAGAGCCAACGAACAAAGACAGCUAGGUAACCACCGGAACCUGCCCCGGAGGAUUCUUCGAGUGCGCCGUAGUUUGACCGGUUCGGGGCAGGUCAAAGUGACGUCUCAGUCACUUCCGCCACCACCGGACGGACACCAAUAG